AUGUGGUCGGUGGCGCGCGUCGGCCUAGUGAGCCGCGCUCCGCGCCUUGCGCCGCUGGCGUGUGCUGUGCCGCGCCUUGCGCCGCGCGCUGUGGGUGUGUCACGCAUCGCGCUUGCCGCGCGCGCGUUUCACGCUUCGCCGCUCGCGUACAAUGCGCCGAAACAGGCGCCGGAACCCGGCACGGCGUCGCAUAUCCUCUCGACGCUGCGCGACAUGGCGAACGCGCGGCGCCGUGGUGCGCAGGGUAGUGUCGGUGCGCAGUUUCCCGCGCUGCGCCGCCUGUACACGCUCAUGCUGCCCGAAUACAAAGGCAUGGUGAUCGCCAUGUCGCUGCUGCUCAUCGCGUCGGCUGUCUCGCUGAGUGUGCCAUUCACCAUCGGCAAGGUGGUCGACUUUUUCUCGUCGCCCGAGGCGAAGCUGCCGCUGGACCUGAGCAUGUCGACCGUGGCCAUUCUCCUGCUCACCGUCUUUGCGAUCGGCGCCGUGGCGCGUGCUUCGUCCAAUAUUCUGCUCGAGCUGGCCGGCGUGCGCGUGAUUCAGCGCAUGCGCGAGCGUGCGUUUGGCAGUGCGAUCCGCCAGGACGUUGCGUACGCGGACCGCGGCGUGGGCGACACUGUGUCGCGCAUCAACAUGGACUGCAACAUUGUCGGCGAGGCGAUCACGACCGAUCUUGCCGAUGGUCUGCGCUCCGCCGUGACGGUCGUCGCGGCGGGCUCAGCGAUGUUUUACAUCUCGACCAAGCUCACGCUCGUGAUGAUGUGUGUCAUCCCCCCGGCGGCGCUCGGUGCGGCGUUCUACGGCCGCUUUUUGCGCAACCUGACGAACCGCACGCAAGAGGCCGUCGGUGAAAUGACGCGCACCGCCGAGGAGCGCCUGAACCCCCCCGCGUUCCGCACGAUCGCCGCCUUUAACACGCAGAAGGCCGAGUCGGCGCGCUUUAAUCGGCGCGUCGACGAAAUUGUCGCGCUGCAGACCAAGGAGGCGUACGCGGGCGGCAUCUUUCACUCCGGCCUCGGCUUUGUCGGCAACUGCGCGAUCGUUACGCUGCUCACCUACGGCGGCCACCUCGUGUCGCUCGGGCAGCUGACGGUCGGCGACCUGACGUCGCUACUGAUGUACACGGCGUACCUCGGUGGCGGUGUGAUGCUCAUGACCUCGUUCUUCACGUCGCUCAUGAAGGGUGUCGGUGCCGGUGCACGUGUCUUCCAGCUGCUGGACCGCACGCCCGAGAUCGAGCUGGGCGUCGGCAAGAAGCUCGAGAUUCCGAUGGUCGACCGCCGCGGCGGGCACAUCCACUUUGACCAGGUCAAGUUCCGCUACCCCUCGCGCCCCGACACCCCGAUUCUGAACGGCGUCACGCUCGACAUCCAGCCCGGCUCGAGCGUCGCGCUGGUCGGCGGCUCCGGCGCGGGCAAGUCGUCGGUGCACGCGCUGCUCCUCCGCUUCUACGAGCCGACCUCGGGCACGGUCUCGUUCGACGGCCAGGACGUGCGCACGCUCACCCCCGAGUCGCUGCGUGACGCGAUGGGCGUCGUGUCGCAGGAGCCGACGCUCUUUGAAGGCACGAUUGCGGAAAACAUUGCGUACGGCACGCCGCACGCGACGCGCGAGCAGAUCGAAAAGGCGGCGCAGUCGGCGAACUGCGUCGAGUUUAUCGCCGCGCUGCCGAACGGCUACGACACCAAGAUCGGGCCCCGCGAGCUGAGCGGCGGCCAGCGCCAGCGCAUCGCCAUUGCCCGCGCGCUGGUGCGCGAGCCGACAGUCUUGCUUCUCGACGAGGCGACCUCGGCGCUGGACUCGGCGUCCGAGCUGCUUGUGAACCAGGCGAUCACGUCGAUCAUCAACGAAGGCCGCGUCACGGUCUGGAUCGUCGCACACCGCCUCAGCACGAUCCGCGCCGCAGGCACCAUCAUGCUCCUGCGCGACGGCGAGAUUGUCGAGUCGGGCUCGUUCGAGGACCUCGACCAGCCCGGCACCGCAUUCCGCGCACUGAUGUCGUCGCAGCUGCAGGCCACGGAGCCGACGCAUGCCGCGGCACCCCACCAUGCGACACGUCGGGGUUACCACACCCUUGCGGCUCCGACGGGUGGCGCGAGCGCGCCCCGCCCGGCGGCCCCGCGCACGACGCGCGCAACGCACAGCGCCGCGCGCGCUCUUCGCCACGUCCCCAACGCGGUGUGGAGCGUGGACGCGACGGUGCUUGCGGCGAAGAAAAAGCACGCGCUGCCGCUCAGCUGCGAGGUGCUCGAGCGCCUGCACAAGCUCGCGGCGCUCCCCGUGCCGGACGCUGCGGCACUCGAGCAGACGCGCGCGGAGCUCGAGCCGCUCGUUGCGCUGAUCAACAGCAUCCGCUCGACCGCGUCGCGCGUGCCGCACAUUGAGGAGGUCGCGCUCCUCCCCCGCCGCCCGGCGGCCGAGGCACUCGAAGCACCGCCCGGCACCGAGCCGCUGGACCGUGCCGAGCUGGCGCGCUAUGCGCCGCAGCGCUCGCGCAGCGGCUACUAUGUUGCUCCGUAG